AUGCGGUACCAAAACUGGGGUGUUGAGCUCUUCGCCUGGGAGCGGGACGCUCCCUCCAAGAAUACGUCACCGAAGGAUAAGCCCCUGCACCACCACGAGGUCCCCCAGCCGGGCAACCUGGGUCAAGUGCCCGUCCUCGUCUCCUUUGUCCCGUCCGUCCCCUGCCAGACUCCAUUCUGGAUUGCGCUGCGUAACUGGGGCCCGAGAAAUCCCAGUGAGCUGGUUGAGCGGAAGGUCAGGCCUGGUGUAGACAAUUUUGUCUACGAGGUGCGGGUGCUUGUUGAUGGCGAGUGGGUGGCAGAAGAGAUUGUUUCUAUGGGGGCGAAGUGGCCAGUGACCAUCCAGUACAACUCGGCCACCGAAAAAAACGGACGCAAGGACGUCCUGCGCUUCCCUGUCUACCGCGAGCGGAAGUGGUGGUUCAACGAGGCAAUCGGGAAGGACUUUGGAAAGAUCAAGGUCAUCAUUUCCGAAGGCGUGAUGCGUCCUGAUCGUGACCCGAUGUACGAACGGGUCAGCAAUCUGGUUGUCUUUGCCUUCCAGCAUGCCCCUCAGGAUUUGCUGGAACAUCAGGGAAUCGCCUGGCCAUGCAGUAGAAUGUGGAUUGAUAAAACCCUCCCCGACUAUGGUGCCCUCCCCACAAACAACGAGUCCUCUCCCAUCCCCGAUGAUAUCCACGGAGAUUCACCCAGCCGACGAGACCCUAUCAACCGCGGCCCCUUGCCAACCGGUGGCCUUGCGCAGUCUCUUCACAACCCCUUCCAAUCUCCACCUCCUCCACUUCCCAGUGUUCAAACCCCCGAACAGUCUCACCACCAGCGCCCUAUCAUUGAAGCAGCUUCGCUGCACCGUUGCGCCCGCUCCUCCCAUGAAGACGUGUCGAUGAGAGAUUGGGACUGGGACCACCGCGGUACCCGUUCGACCCGCGAAGAUCUCUCAAUGAGAGACUACACCAAUUCCAGCGCCUCGCAAAGCCGUGAUAUCUCCGGUACCACCGGAUCGAGCAUGGGCAUGAGCUUUGAGCACAGCAGCCAGGCUGGCUCGCAAGCGGGCAAGUUCAUGUACCACCAGUUGCUGGACAAGACGCGUCCGGUCAGUACCACUUUCAGGCUUGGCCAGUCUACCGAUGAGAGCAGCAUGUCUUAUGACGGUUGCAAUGAUGCUGUUGAGCAGGAUGAUAAUGAGAAAACCCCAAAGAAGGCGUAG